ACAAAAUAUAAUAUUUAUAAAGAUUGAUAAAGAUAGUGAGUCCAAACUCAACUCCAGUGCUUAGUAGGCCCCACAUGUUUCUUGUUGAUGGGCCUUUUUUCCUCAGCCUGAAUCACAGAAUCAUUCUCCUGACUCACUCACCUUGUUUAAUACUCAUUUCCUCCACCAUUAAUUCAUCAUUAUCUUUUUCUUUACUGUUUUUUUUUUACCCUCUCAAUACAAUCAAUAUAUACUUGUUUUUCCUAUUUUUAGGGUUUUAAAGAUUCACUUGUUUACAUAUAUUCUUCUUCUCAAUGCACUCAAGCUUUCAAUGAGUCAAGUGCUUUGAUUGAUAUUCUCCUAAACCCAAAUGGGGUUUCAUCAUUUAUUGUUCUUCUCUGUUCUUCUUCUUCUUCACAGUUUCUUGGUGUUCACCAAAGCCCAGUUGCCAGGUUUUAUAAGUUUAGAUUGUGGUGGCGAAAAGAAUCACACAGACAACCUCGGGCUCGAGUGGACUCCUGAUGAUCAAAUCAUAUACGGAACAACGAGUAAAAUAUCUAUUGAAAACGAGACCAGACAACAAUAUCAAACACUCAGAUAUUUCCCUGCAGAUAACCGCAAGUAUUGUUACUCACUUAAUGUGAAAAGUAGGACUAGAUAUCUCAUACGAGCCACAUUCUUAUACGGCAAUUUUGAUAACAACAAUGUAUACCCGAAAUUCGAUAUUUCCCUUGGCCCCACUCAUUGGGCAACUAUUGUCAUUUCAGAUGCUAAUACUAUAGAGUCUCAAGAACUCAUCUUUUUGGCUUCUGAUCCAACGGUCAGUGUGUGUUUAUCAAAUUCUACAACCGGUCAACCCUUCAUUUCCACACUUGAGCUUAGACAGUUUAACGGUUCGGUCUAUCUUACACCGUUUGAGGACCAAUUCUUUUUAAGUGUUUCGGCCCGCAUCAAUUUUGGGGCUGAUAAUGACGAUCCAGUCAGAUAUCCAGAUGAUCCAUUUGAUAGAAUAUGGCAGUCUGAUUCGGUUAAAAAAGCAAAUUACCUUGUUGAUGUAGCAGCAGGGACUCAAAAAGUUUCAACCAAAUUACCGAUCGAUAUCGGGAAGGACGAAUUGCCACCUCAGAAAGUUAUGCAGACAGCUGUCGUGGGCCGAACCGGAUCUUUAACUUACCGUUUGAAUUUGGAUGGGUUCCCGGGCUUUGGUUGGGCUUACACUUAUUUUGCGGAAAUCGAAGAUUUAAACCUCGAUCAAACCCGAAAAUUCCGGCUUGUUCUUCCUGGAGCACCGGAUUUGAGUAAAGCUAUUGUCAACAUACAAGAAAACGCUCAGGGAAAUUAUCGUGUAUAUGAGCCCGGAUUUUAUAACAUAUCGCUACCUUUUGUUUUAUCGUUUAAAUUCACAAAAACAGAUGAUUCAACCGAGGGUCCUCUUGUUAAUGCAAUGGAGAUCAGUAAAUAUAUUAGAAUAAGUGGCGGUUCUUUUGAUGGGGCCGUGGCUGCUAACUUAGUAUCGGGUUACAAGUCUCUAGAUUGGGCUCAAGAAGGUGGUGAUCCGUGCUUGCCGGUUCCUUGGUCUUGGUUGGAGUGUAAUUCAGACCCGCAGCCGAAGAUUAUCUCAGUCAAAUUAUCAAGUAAAAACAUUAGCGGAAGCAUUCCUUCAGAAUUGACCAAGUUGAGCAGCUUAGAAGAGUUGUGGCUCGAUGGAAAUGCAUUUACUGGUUCAAUCCUCGAUUUUACUGGAUGCCCAAACUUAAAGAUCAUACAUCUUGAAAACAAUCAGUUGACAGGUGGCAUACCCUCCUCCUUAGCAGACUUACCUCAUUUACACAAACUGUAUGUGCAGAAUAACUUGUUGUCCGGACACGUGCCACCGGGCCUUCUGAACAAGAACAUAGUCUUAAACUACACCGGAAACGACAAACUUCACAAGAAAACUAGUGGCGGGAGGCUCAAUAAAUACAUUAUCUUCGGAUUAGCAAUUGGGGCCGGUGCUUUGUUAAUAGGAUUUAUAAGCUCAUGCCUGAUCAUUCGCCAACGAAAAAAAGAUCACAAGAAAGAGCCUGAAGUCAGCUUCCAUGUUUCUUCUAUGAGUAAUGCAACAACUUCAGAAGGUGCCCAAAGUUUUACGCUAUCUGAACUUAGAUCCGCGACAGAUAAUUUCCAGAAAAAAGUCGGUUCCGGAGGCUUUGGAACCGUAUACUAUGGUAAAUUAAACGACGGAAAGGAAAUCGCAGUCAAAAUUUUGGGAAAUAGCAACAUCCAACAAGGAAAAAAGGAAUUUGCAAAUGAGGUGAGUCUUCUGUCAAGAAUACAUCAUAGAAACUUGGUAAAAUUUUAUGGAUUUUGUCAAGAAGAAGGGAAGGAUAUACUUGUUUACGAGUUUAUGCACAACGGAACUCUUAAAGAACAUCUUUAUGGACCUUUAGCAAAAGAAAAUAGACUCAAAUGGAUCAAACGACUUGAGAUCGCUGAAGAGUCUGCCAAAGGAAUCGAGUACCUUCAUACCGGUUGUGUCCCUUCUAUUAUACAUAGAGACUUGAAAACAAGCAACAUUCUUCUCGAUAACAACAUGAAAGCCAAAGUUUCUGAUUUCGGCCUCUCGAAACUUGCAAUCGAUGGGAUUUCACAUGUAUCGAGCAUAGUUCGAGGCACUCUCGGCUAUCUUGAUCCCGAAUACUAUAUUUCCAAUCAUUUGACAGAAAAAAGCGAUAUCUAUAGUUUUGGGGUGAUUCUUCUUGAACUGAUAUCCGGUAAAGAAGCAAUUUCAAAUGAAAGUUUUGGUAUAAACUGUCGCAACAUCGUUCAAUGGGCGAAAGUGCAUAUAGAGAACGGGGACAUCCAAGGGAUCAUUGAUCCGUCAUUAGGAGACGAAUAUGAUAUACAAUCAAUGUGGAAAGUAGCAGAGAAAGCAUUAAUGUGUGUGCAGCCUCACGCAAACACGAGGCCUUCAAUGUCUGAAAUUAUAAAAGAAAUACAGGAUGCAAUCUUGAUUGAAAGGGGAGCGGGUAGCUCGGAAGAAAUAUCACGGAACUCAUUUAAUUCUUCGUUAAAUAUGGGUGUGGGUGUCGAUCCUUAUGUGUCGUUUCAUGAGUCUAUUGCACUCCCCUCGGCUCGUUAGUUAGCAUAUUGCUAAUAGUUUUCUUUGGAUGAUUGCUUUGUAUGUAUUAAGGUUCUUGUUAGUAUAUGGUUUUGAGAA